CCAAUUGUUGCAAGCGCACACGCGAAAGAAAAACAAGUGCGCGUGAGCGAGAAAAGAGCGCGAGUGAACGCAUCGAUCGGAUCGCGGACUUUAGCGGGACACUUCGACCGCUUGUGGCAGCCUCCCGAAAACCGGUUCCACACGACAUGCACAUUCAUCCGAGCUCCCCGAACUCGUCCCAAUCGGAGGACGACGCGGCCACAAAGAUCCAGGCCGGAUUCCGUGGUUAUCGGGUGCGCAAGCAGAUGCGAGGCCAGGAUUCGGCCACUUGCCCCCACUCCGGUGGGGUGGGUGGUGGCCCAGGGUCUGGUCCGGUCCCAUCCGGUACGGUUGAGGAUAAAUCCGCCACCAAGAUACAGGCGAAUGUGCGCGGGUUUCUCGUACGUAAGAAGCAAAAGAUGGCCACCGAAGCGGCGACCAAGAUUCAGGCCAGCUUUCGGGGUUUCAAGACGCGCAAGGAGCUUAAAUCAAUCAAAAAGGACAAAUAGAACCUCCUCGCAGCUGUGGUGAUGGCGGUGGUGAUGAACAGGGAAGGGCAUAAGCAGCAACAACACACUUGCGCGAGUUGAGGACGACACGAAAAGCUUUCCCUCCUGCUGGGAAAGGUGGAAAAAUUCGCCCUUUUUGCAGCUCGAGAACGGUGAUGCGGGAAUUGAUUGUCCCCUCUCGUGCCCUUUGCCCAUCGGAACCAGCUCGUGGAUGGACGUGUGGUGGAAUUUCGUGUGAUGGCUCAUUGUGUCUGGUGAACUUUUCGUGAACAUUCUUCCGGCAAACUGUUUACAUACGGUGGGGGCGGCCUCGUGCGUUAGUUUCUAUAUCCGUACCAUCGCCACCGUACCAUCCGUCGAUCGCUGCAUCUAGCGUUCCACCAUAUCCUUCCGCCUCUAGAGUAAAUGUGUAAUUCCCCCCCGUCCUUUCAGCUAAUGUUUUCCCGCCGAGCGACGGGAAAUAUGAGCAACGGCGCGCUCGGCGCAUCAAAACAAACAUCUGCCUCAUAACGGUGCAGCUUCGCGCUGUAGCGAGCACGGAACACGCUAACUAGACACGUCUCAUCUGCACGCACAAAUUAAAACACACGCCAACCCCCGAACGAAGAAGAUGGUGGCCAGGAAAAGUGUAGCAUUAGUGUCCGGUAGAGGAGGAGCAGGAGAAGGAGGAACAGGGAGAAAACGGGGUACGGUUUGGAGCGGAACACUAAGCGAGAGACCCAUCGAAGCAUAGGAUCAUUGGUUUCUGGUGGAAGCCCCGUUCUGGGGGAGAAAGAGAGAGAGAGAAAAAAAAAGGAAAAAAUGCCAUCCCGGGUGCUAGAGGCAAUGGAAAAGAAUGAAAAACCAUCGCGCGAGCAAGGUAGCAAAGAAAAGUAAGGAAGAAAGAUAGAAAGAGAAAGAGAGAGAGAGAGAGUGAGAAAAGAAGAAACAAGAGAAGCAACAAACUGACUGACAGCAUCCAGCACGAAUGUAAAGGGAGCGAGAAGAAGAAUAAUCCAACACCCAGGAAAAAAACUCCUCCGUAAACCUAGACGAUCCAAAUUUUCUCCGGCACUCCACGGGUUCGGCUUGGUACGCGGGAAACUCCUACAAAACUCUGGAACCGGCCGCUCCAGAAAAGUGAAAGCAAUUAACUCGGUGGGGCAUUCGUCCGGUCACCUUCUCCCAUACCCAACACAAACGUCUACAAACCCUGGGUAUCGUUUAUGCCGACGCGCACCAGAACCAGACCGAUCGAGAAAACGCAGGAGGCGGUGCUUUUCAAACAACAUCGUAGCGCGUCUUUUUUUUAUUUUUGUAUAAUGUUGCGCUCAUAACAUUUAGGAGGAAUGCUUGGGCACUGGAAGCUCCUUCCUGCUAAAGUGCACCCCCCCGUAGGGUCAUCACGUUCGUGUUAAACAGAUGCCGAUCCGUUCGCGAUCGGCAGGGCCGAAAGUAUUUUAGAAUCGUGCAUUGCUACUCUUUUUUAAAACUAGUGAUAUAGUAAUAGAUUUUGUUUUCUGUCUUUGGAGAAGUAAGGGCCAGCGAGAAAGGAUAGAAACCAUAGCCGUAGCGUAUGAAGGCGAUUCGUGGGAGAUGAAUAUGAUAUAAUACGUUGUUAAUAAAUGCUACAUUAUUAGAGAAUAAAUCUGAA